AUGGCUGAUUUCAAAAGGCUAAUUCGUUUUGAAGAUUCUGAUGGGGCUGUGAGAUAUGGUGAAGCCGAGGACGGUGUUGAUCUUGUUGGUCAGAGAGUGAGCGUAUAUUCCGGUACGGACCCAUGGGCUCUCCAGAUGACUGGCGAGACGGCAGAGGUUGUUAAGGUCCUUUGCCCGUUGAGGUCUUCACCCAUUAUAUACGGCGUGGGGUUGAACUACAAGCAUCACAUCCAAGAGGCAGGCUUUCCGUUGCCAAAGUUUCCGACAGUCUUCACGAAGCCCUCAGAUGCGCUUGCGGGCCCAUUUGAAGAAAUUACGGUUAAUACUGGCUGCUUAGAGAUGGACUACGAAGGGGAGCUUUGUAUUGUCAUCGGCAGGGAUAUGAAGAACUUCAGCGAAGGAGACAAUCCGCUGGAGUUCGUUCUGGGCUAUACCGUUGGUAACGAUCUCUCGUCACGAUACUGGCAAACGCCUGAACGCUCCGGACACCAGCAUGGCAUGGCCAAAUCGUUCGACAAAUUCGCACCAAUUGGGCCUGCGAUAAUAAGCCCCAGACAUCUUGCGUUAAAGGACAACACGAUGGACGGUAUUCCAGACCUACUGCUGUGCACUCAAGUGAAUGGUGAAGUGCGGCAGAGAGCAAGAACCAGCGAUCUUGUGUUUGGCCUGACCGACAUUUUUACAUUUCUUAGCAGAGGUAGAACAAUCAGGGCAGGCACACUGAUUAUGACCGGUACCCCAGGAGGCGUAGGGGCAUUUAUGAAGCCUCCCGCUUGGCUUGAGUCGGGAGACACUGUGGAGGUACGCAUUGAGCACAUUGGCGUGAUUCAAAACCAUAUCUCGCUCGAAUAA